AUGGUUCAAGACAAUCCCUCCGAGCUGAAGACGACCACAUUUAAGCUACACUUGGACAAAAAGCCGCAUUUCUAUAUCAGCUACAAGGACAAGCACGAUCUGUUUAAGCAGUUCAAGAGGAAAUUGCGGGAUAAUGGCCUCUCUCCGAGCGACAUUUAUCUGGUGGAAUACGACGUUGGUGAGCCGAUUCAGAUGAACAACGCCGAUGCCCUGAUAGAUGCUGCAGCAGCCAGUAUGCAGAUGUUUUGUCGUGACGAGAAGCAGUAUAGUUCCCUUGGACAGCGUUCCCCAGUGCCUGCCCAUGCAGCGCUCAUAUUCCUUGUUAUUGCUCUUGUCAAUGUUUCUGCGGUCAUUGGUGAUUGCUUCAAAUUUACUAUUCUAACUGGUGGAGUGUGGCAUAGCAAUCGAUUCGAGGCCCGUUACGACAGUCUCCGCCCAAACGGUUUUCAAAAGAUCGUACCACUGCCAAGUGUUCUUGUUCCUCUGACAAAUACAUUUCUCUCGAAGGAAACUAUGGCUGAGCACUCGACUGCUGACACUGCGAAAACUCCUGAGGAGAGCAACCUGGUGCAAUCCGUUGAAGCCGAGAAAGUCGCCAAGCAGUCGUCCUCCAAAAAGGAAAAGAUCUUGUCAGUUAAGGUACAUCUCACGAAUCCUACCGUAUUCACCAUUGGAUACAGAAACCACGACCAACUGUAUCGACGCUUUCAAGAAAAACUGAACGAACUUGGAAUUCCACCGGAUCAAAUCUAUUGGGUGGAUAACAUGACCGGCGAACGAAUACGAGUUGACCGAGACAUAGCAGAAGUGGCGUUUUUCAGUUGGGUGAAUUUGGUAGAUCUCUAUUCUCCAAUUCACCCUGUGAAGGAACAGGCACUGUUUCCGUCACCAAUUCGUCAUCGUCAUCACCACAACCAUGAUUAUCACAAUCGUUCCAUGUCUAGUUCCUCCUCAAGCAGUUGCGAUUCCUAUGGAAACCACUCAGCCCCACAUCGACAUGGCUUCCAUUACUCUCGCCCUCCCUGUCAAAAGUUUCCGUACCCUUCAACUGACCAUGGACUACCCAUGUGCCCUUGUAGUGAAGCUGUAUUUUCGAAAAAUUGCUGUCCGUUCGAUCCACGGUUUGGAUGUGGUCAUUCCAGUUGUAGUUGA